AUGGAUAUUUUCAAGCGACUGCAGAUUAAUAUUCCAUUUGUGGAAACUAUGGAGCAGAUGUCAACCUAUGCAAAAUUCAUGAAAGAGCUCCUGACAAAGAAAAGAAGAUUUUCUGAAGAAAUAGUAGAGCUUGAAGUAGGUUGUAAUGCUAUAAUCCAAAAAUCAUUACCUCAGAAGUCCAAGGACCCUGGAAGUUUCACCAUUCCAGUCACAAUCGGGACAUUGCCAGUAAGUAAAGCAUUACUUGACUUGGGUGCUAGUCUAAAUUUGAUGCCUUUGUCCAUAUUAAGAAGAAUAGGAGAUUUGGAAGUAAGGCCUACACGGAUGACAUUACAAUUAGCUAACAGAUCCAUGAAAUAUCCAUAUGGUGUGGUAGAGGAUGCCUUAGAUAAAUUCAUGUUCCUAGUUGACUUUGUGGUGAUGGAUAUUGAGGAGAGAAAAGAAGAUUACAACUGUAGGAAUUGGAAGAAAUGA